AUGUCGAGAAAACUCGUCGAUGAGCAAUUUGAUCCAUCGUUCCCGAAUGACCAUCCAAAGAACUUGAUUCCAGAAUUAUGCCGUCACUUUUACAACCUCGGCUGGGCGACUGGAACGGGUGGCGGGAUCUCCAUCCGUGAUGAUGAUGAUAUUUACAUAGCGCCCUCAGGGGUUCAAAAAGAGCGUAUCCGACCUCAAGAUCUUUUUAUGACCGACAUGGCCGGAUCUAAGUUUGAAAAGCCCUGUGAUGAAAAGCUCAAGCUCAGCGAGUGCACUCCACUUUUCAUGAACGCGUACAAUAUCAGAAAUGCAGGGGCGGUGAUGCAUUCCCAUUCUUCUAAAGUUGUCUUGGCGUCUUUGAUAUUCGGAAACGAGUUUAGAAUCAGCCACAUUGAAAUGAUCAAAGGCAUUAAAAAGGGCAAUACUGGUGUGAGCUACAAGUAUGAUGAGGAAGUUGUCAUCCCUAUAAUCGAAAAUACGCUUUUCGAAAAAGACCUGGAAGAAUCUAUGGCAAAGGCGAUCCGCGACUACCCCGAAUCCAAUGCCGUCAUCGUCCGCCGCCACGGAAUCUACGUCUGGGGAGCGACCUGGCAACAAGCGAAAUCGCAAGCGGAAUGCAUCGACUAUCUUUGUGAAACAGCAGUGGAGAUGAAAAAGAUCGGUGUGCCGAUUUCCGGUGGCAGCACUGAAGUUUGA